AUGGUGAACUUGAAAACCUUUCUUUGGUGUCUGGCCAUUGGACAGGCUGCCUUGGUGCAAGCACACCCAGGCCAUGACGUUAAGACGGAAGCCAUUGAGCGUGCUGCAGCCCUGAAGAACAGACGUGGUCUGUCUCAAUGCGCCGAUACUCUCAGUGCUCGGGGCUUCGAGUCAAAGAAUGCCAUGCGCCGAGACCUUGCUGUUCAGCAACUUCGCCGACAGAAAGCGAUCAGGAGGAGUACACCAAAUCUUGUGGACCGUGACCUCGGCUCCUUGAACACCAGCCACCAUUCAACUCUCGAUGUUGACUUUCAAACUGACCCAGACGUGCUGUUCUCGUCUAACGCAACUUGUAUUCUGACGCCUGAUGUGACCCAAGGGCCCUAUUAUGUGUCCGGAGAGCUCAUCCGUGAAGAUGUCGUAGAAGACCAGCCCGGUGUUCCACUCUUCCUGGACGUGCAACUGGUCGAUUCGACUACGUGUGAGCCGGUGCCUAGUUCAUUCGUUGAAAUAUGGCAUUGCAACUCUACAGGAGUUUAUUCAGGUGUCGUAGCCAACGGAAAUGGAAAUUACGAUGACGCAACGAAUAUCAAUAAAACCUUCCUUAGAGGUAUACAGCAGACUGAUGAAGACGGUGUUAUCAAAUUUGAAACAAUCUUCCCUGGACACUAUACAGGUCGUGCGACACAUAUUCAUGUUCUUGCCCAUGCUAUCAACGAAACCGUCCGUCUUGCGAACGAUACUGUGUCCGGGCUCUAUACCGCUCACGCAUCCAGUGUUGGGCAGAUCUUUUUUGAUCAAGACCUUAUCACUAAUGUCGAAGAAACUACACCGUACGCAGACAAUACACAAGAAUUGACCGAAAAUUCAAGCGACGAUAUUCUUCUUCAAGAGGCCGACGACAUUGAUCCGUUUGUAGAAUAUGUCUAUUUAAAUGACGAUGAUGUGUCUGACGGCAUUUUUGCCUGGAUUUCGCUUGCCAUUGAUUCUUCGGAGGAUUCUUCCAUCACCCCUGCUGCUUAUCUGACUUCGUCAGGAGGUAUUGCUAACGAAGAUAGCGGCUCGGGUGGAGGAUCCCCUCCUAGCUGA